GCUCUUCCCACUAGCCGUAGCCAGCAGUUACCAGAGGAGGAGACGGAAGCAGGGGGAUUUAAAAAUAUACACACACCACGGACACACAACCCACAAAGUCCCUAAUGGCUCCUCGGGCCACCUGAACGCGACCAACGCCGUUAUCACCGUGUAUUUACGAAAGCUGAACCUUUUGGGAUGGGAUGGUUGGUUGUGGAAAAGUUUGUGUUUACUAACGCUAGCCAGUCCGCUAGCUCGGCUAGCUUGCUAGCGUGGAAGGUGUACCAGUUUGUUUAAUUUAUAGCGGUAUGACACUCAAGACUCCUUCCUAGUCUUCAGACCAACUCGCCUAUCAUUUGAGUCCUAACCAGCCGUUGUGUUGCCAAGAAACAGUUAGAAUACUCGUGUUAUUUAAAGCUCUGUACGCAUGAUGCUUCACUUGUCGUGCUAUCAAAGUGUUCACUACACGUGACGGGCUGAUUUUCUAAUAUCACAACCCAACCAACAUACCAUUGCAACGCUUUCAGGUAGUCAGCACUCAUUCGCGUUAGUCAUCAAUCAAAACAAUUCUGAAGUCGAACUAUUGAAGAGUCCGUCGUUGCCUUGUGUCCCCGAUUGACGGUCUCUUUGGGUUUUACAAUCACACAGAAGAUAUGGAUUUUUAAUGGGACCCAGAAUGUCGUCGGCUUCUAUGGUGGCCACUCGCUCCUGAGCGAUAUCUAAAAACAGCUUGUAGUCGGAUAACCAUGGGAGGAUGUGUCGGUAGAGAACGAGAAGACACACAGGGCCACGGCUCUUCAAGAAACGGCGGCAGGGCACACAGAAGGCGCGGAGGUCGCAACGAGCCCCUGAAGAAGGACCGGCCAAAGUGGAAGAGCGACUACCCCAUGACGGAGGGCCAGCUGCGCAGCAAGCGGGACGAGUUCUGGGACACGGCACCUGCCUUCGACGGCCGUAAGGAGAUCUGGGAUGCGUUGAAGGCCGCCGCCGUGGCCCUGGAGUGCAGCGACCACGAGCUGGCCCAGGCCAUCGUAGACGGAGCCAGUAUCACCCUGCCCCACGGCACGUUGACCGAGUGCUACGACGAGCUGGGCAACCGCUACCAGCUGCCCGUCUACUGCCUCGCCCCCCCGGUCAACCUCAUCUCGGAGCGCAGCGACGAGGACCCCAGCGACAGCCCCGAGCCCCCCGUAGCCCCCAAGAAAGAGUUCCAGCUCAAGGUACGGAUGUCCACGGGGAAAGACCUGCGCCUCAGCGCCAGCAUGGCGGACACCAUCGGCCAGCUGAAGAAGCAGCUCCACGCCCAGGAGGACAUCGACGCCACGCACCAGCGCUGGUUCUUCUCCGGCAAGCUGCUCACGGACAAGACGCGGCUGCAGGACACCAAGAUCCAGAAAGACUUUGUCAUCCAGGUCAUCGUCAACCCCCUGGCGUCCCUGGCUCACCCUCCCUCCCCCGCCUCUGCCCCCGCCCCCAUCCAGCCCCCCACACCCUCUGUGACGACCACCACCGCCAUCACAUCCACCAUUUCAAUCACCUCCUCCGCCCUGGCCAACACCACCCCCGCCACCGACUCCAACUGAGCGGGGGGGGGGGGGGGGGGAGAAGAGAGGACCCCUGGGGGCCGCAGAGGAACGUCUCGGCACUGCGGGGGGGGGGGGGAAAGCGCUCUACCAGGGAACCCCUUUUUGUAAGUGGAGAACGCACAGAGGAGGAGAACUCUAAAGGCGGGAGAACCAUACGGCGCGAAAAGAAACACUGAUGUGCUGCUUUCCUUUGGUUGUCGUUGAUGUUGUUCCUGUCCCCCCCUUUCGGGGUUUCGCUGAUAAAGAGUUUUACCACUGCUGGUGUACAUCUCUCUUGCUCUCCAUUUCUCUCCCCGUUUCGCUGGAGUUUGGUUCAGUGCUGCUUCGAAGAGCUCACCCACUCGCCUCCACGUCGCAUCUCUUCCCCAGCGAACCCCCCUGUCGUCACGGCGGAGCUCGGAGCUCCUGCAGGUCUGCACUCCCCCCAUUUGGACAUGGUCCCUCCCUCUCCCUCGCCCCGUGAGGUGCAGGGACUCUGCCCUCUGCACUCUUCUUGACUGAUGCGCUGAUGCAUAGUGCCAAUUGAAAACACGAGUCGCCCGGUCGCUGAUUGUAAAGCACAUUUCUGCUCUGGACUAUCGGCACCUCCUUCUCCCUGAAGCCUACUGCAAAGCCUUUCUUAUCAAACACAGUGGGGUUUGGGGGGGUUCGGGGGGGCGGGAGGUAGAGCAUGAGCUGCGUACCAUUUGGUGACUUAACGGUCGAUAUUAACAUUUUCUCUCCCUUCUUUCCUUUUUUUUUAUUGAAAUAUUCUAAGACAAGCUUUUUUGCACACUUGGAAGAUUAUUACUAUGUGCUAGACUGUGUGCCUUUUAAUGAAUCUUGAUGAAAUACACAAAGGGUUUAGUGUCCUGGGAAAAGCGUUUUUUUUUGUUGCUGGUCUUAUCCUUUAUCUUCUUUAUUUCUUUUUACUAUUCGCUUUUGAAUCAGGACCUCGUAGUUGGAUCCAAACCGCUGCCUUUCUUGGAGAAUAUUCUAAUGACGUUGAUGAAGCCUACACACAAUGUAGACAUUUUGUCUUGUCUAUUUGAGCCUAGAGGGGUAACCAGUCCACACUGAGUUUUCUCAGUGUGAUUUCUACAUGGUCCACAUUGUUUCAAGUUGUUUGUACAACCCCAUGCUGUACAGCAAAUGCAUUACAAAAUGAUGGUCUUUAAUGCUGAUUGCUGAGGAACUAGGGACAAAAAUAUAUCUAUAAAUGUAAUGUUUUUAUGUAUAUUGAAUUGGUUAAUUCAUAAUAAUUCCUGCCGUAAAAAACAACGGCGGUCAAAAAUGGGGAAAUACCGGGGAUACUAUGAUACAACACAACAUGGCAAAUGUGAAUGGCAUCAGUUCUUAUCGCGAGAUACUAAAUAGUAAGGUUAUCUGCUGGCUCUUGUUUUGAACCCUUUCCAAAUGCUUCAUGUGUUUUUGGCUGUGGCUUGUGUAAUAUUUUAUUACUCUACUAGCCAUUCUCAAGAAUCUUCUUGCACAGGUGGUGAAGGUCUUAUUAGUAGUGGUGGUGGGGGGGGUGGAGUUUUCCCAGUGUCUCAGGAAUUCAAAUCAUUUUCCCAGACGGCUCUGACUUGGUUAUGAGCCUGGGGAAUGUAAUGGAACCUGCAGACAGUGAUGUAGGAUAGGUGGACCCGACAAAGUUAAUGCAUGAGUUGACUGAUUUAUCAGCCACAGCCUAAAGAUACGCAAGUAUGAGGAAGGGCCACAUGUAUCCAUCGGUUCAAUCUUUUAUGUCGCCGUUGUUUUUUGCAAUCCCAUCUUCAACAUCGCUGCCACAGAGAACAUGAAACCAUGUUCUUCAGUUACUUAGGAGGUGGGUGGGUCAGCUCAAACUUUAACUCCAGACCUUAAGCGUACCGCAAUCAUUGGCUAUCCAGAAGGUCCUCUGGGAAAUGUCUUCAGGUUUCUCCUUAAUAUUUGUUUUCUACUCAAAUGCGAGUGCAUUUCACCUCUCUCCUCCACUUUAUUGGUGUGCAAUAUAAUGAUCAUUGACCUCGUACACGUGGGUCACAUGAGUGUUUCGUGGGUUCAGUAAAUUGCAGUGGUCAGCGGUGGGGUGUACGGUGUGUGUACAAACCUUGAAUGAUGGAGCUCACUCAGUUUAAACUGUUAACAAUCACAGCUAUUGUCCUUUUGCCUUACAGCUUAAGUUGUGACACCUCCUCGCUUUGAGACACUGUUGGGGUAUUGGUUAAAAAACAAGUUUAUAUACACACACACUCUUGAUCCUCAAGCUGUUAUCCAUGAAAACUGGUUUCAUGACCUUCCCAUGCAAGGAAAGGUUUGGAAAUGGUUCUGACCAGAAUCUAGUUUUUGACUGGCCUUGGGAAGAGAUCAUGUACGAAUAAGUGAAUCCACGUACAGAUCCGGACCUUGUUUGCCGUCACCUGGCUCAUUUCAGUGAUGUAUGAAAUGGUUGAAGGGCCAUUUUGACCAAGUCCGACUCCCUGACAGACUUGUUGAAAUGGUUGUGUAUGCGGUUGACCCAGCGAGCUGUUAUGGUGACUCUUGUCCCAGAGUUUAUUUUCUUCUGACCCCUUUUUUUUGUUUAUGACUUAGCUUAUGUACUCGUAUGUCUGUGUUGUUUAUGUGCGUGUAUGCGACCACAUCUACGUAGUGGUUUGGUUUAGAGAUGGUCUGUUUUUGAUAUUUUAUGGAUUGUUUUGUAGUGUACUAUAUUGGAGUGUUAUUUUUUGACUUUUUUUUUUUGGGGGGAGGGGGGGAGGGGGUUUGUACACUGAACACUAGCUCGGGCAUAAUCAUUAUACUGAUCAUUACAUACAUGCAGACACCUGGCUCAGACAAACGUUUUCAUGUCACACAGUUGAUUCAUAUUAAGUAAUCUGGAUGCUGAACUUGUACGGAAGCCAUUCAAGGAUGUGGAUGUUUUGAGGGCCUCUCGGUAGCCACUAGUGCAUCAAUCCUCUCUAUACACUAAAGGCUUCUGCAGUUAAAAUCAAACGUUCCCCAUGGCUGGACAAAGGAACGGCGCAGUCCUACUUGAGAAAAUAAACAAAUAUAUAAAAAAACUUGACUCAUGAAAUAUUAUUUUAUAAAAUGUUCACCAUGAUAUUGAUGUAGACAGAUAAUAUGGUCAAAUCCAAGGGGAGACUGAAAUGAUAAUUAUAUCCUGACGGCUAAAUGCAUACCUAAAACAUUUGGAGCUGGUGUAUUUCUAUGCUGAUAGAUUUCCUAGUUCGACUGUUUAUUAACUAAUAAAAUCGAAAUAUUGUAAAAAAA